GUGAGCGAUGCACUUUUCCACAUCAUACUCAAUCCGAUGCGUGGUCUUAAUGGCUAUAGUCUUUGUUCCACAGGCAUCAACCUAACCACGUUUUUGUAGUGAGGAUACAUAUAUGCUGAAAGAGCAGAAAGUCGUACGCACACGUUUUAAAAGCUAAUAUUCUUUCCUGAAAGCCAUGUCGGAAGCCGUGUAUAAAAUGUGUGACGAGCUUGUAAAAGCUGUUAAUGUUAUGAUGGAUGCAGAAGCCAGCCAAAGAUACCGCCUGGAGGCCCUUAAGUUUAUUGAAGAGUUUAAAGAGAAAUGUCCCUUCAGUAUUGAGUGUGGUCUUCGGCUAGCAGAGAAAUCCCAGACUGCAGUGGUCAGACACUUUGGCUUGCAAAUACUGGAACAUGUGGUCAAGUUUCAGUGGAAUAACAUGUCACUGCACGAAAAGGUCCAGUUGAAAAACUGCACAAUGGGAUUGGUAUCAAACGGUGUGCAUCCGAUUUUGGAGGAGGAAUGUCACAUAAAGGAUGCCCUGUCACGAAUUGUAGUUGAGAUGAUUAAAAGAGAGUGGCCACAGCAAUGGCCUGAAAUGCUCACGGAGAUGGUGGAGCUGACCGCUUUGGGGCAUGUUCAGACAGAACUUGUGAUGCUUGUCCUGCUGCGGUUAGCUGAGGAUGUGAUCACGUUUCAGACCUUACCUUUUCAAAGACGGCGAGAUAUCCAGCAUAGCCUUACACAGAAUAUGGACAGCAUCUUUGCCUUCUUCCUCAGCAUAUUACAACGCCAUGUGAAUGAACACCAGAAGUUGAAAAGUGUUGUUGGUCAGGAAUCAAGGGUGAAAGCUCACUUGCGAGUCAGUGUGGCUACUCUCAAUACUCUAGCUGGGUAUAUUGAUUGGGUAGCCAUAGGCCACAUCACCAAUGAUAACUGCCGUCUUGUGGAGGUCCUGUGCUUAUUACUGAGUGAGCCUGAGCUUCAGUUGGAGGCUGCAGAGUGUCUUCUCAUUGCCAUUAGUAGGAAAGGUAAGUUGGAGGAAAGGCAACCAUUCAUGGUGCUGUUUGAUGAAGCUGCCAUGAAUUACAUCCUGUCUGCUGCACAGUCUGCAGAUGAGGCAGCCCUAUGUAACCAAUCAUCAAAUGGGAUCGUGGAAAGAAAAUAUGCUUUUUUAAAGAGGCUGUGUCAGGUUCUCUGUGCCCUUGGCAGCCAACUCUGCUCUUUGGUGGGUUAUGAUGUUAAAGUGAAAGUUCCUGUCAACCUGAAUAAAUUUAUGGAAGCACUUCUGUCCUUUACUACCCAUCCAAGCCAGUUUCUGAGGUCUUCCACCCAACUCACAUGGGGCAACCUAUUCCGACAUGAGAUUUUAUCAAAAGAUCCUGUAGUUGUCCAAAUGGCCAUUAAAUACUUAAAUGCCGCAAAAAUCAAUCUUGUUAAGACUGGAUUUCCCUCCAGAAAUGAUAAUCAAGGCUGUGAAUUCUCCAGAGUGGACUUUGACAGUGAUGAAGAUUUUAACUCCGCCUUUAAUUAUUUCAGGGCACUGCAGGGGAAAGCAGUUCGCCAGGCUUGUUGUAUUGUCCCGUAUGAAGCCUUUCAGAUUGCAAGUGAGUGGCUGAAGUAUCAAGUCAGCGCACCUAUAGAGACUGGAAAUACUACAUCCAAGACAGGAAAGGGUCUUUGUUCAGCUCUGUCCCCAUCAGUGGUUCAGUGGGAUGCCAUGACUUUCUUCACUGAGAGUGUAUUUGCACAACUCUUCAAAACCCUUGAACAGGAGAAACAGCCUGUAGAUGGUGGCAUGGAGAUGCUGCGGGAAGUUGUAAACUAUGAGACGAGAGAUCCUCUCAUUCUCUCAUGUGUUCUUACCAACAUAUCCACACUCUUUCCCUUUGUGAAACACCAGCCUCACUUCCUACCUCAAGUACUUUUUAAGAUAUUUCCUUCCAUUACAUUUGAAUUGCUUGAAGAAAGCAAGGUAAGGUACCCACACUUACUUCUAAAUAUGUCUUUUCCAAUUUUCCAAUCAAUCGUUUUAAACCUAACUGUCUUUGUUCAGGUGCCUCGAACUCGAGCUACUAAGAACGUGAGAAGACAUGCCUGUUCCUCCAUUAUUAGGAUGUGUCGAGAUUAUUCUGACCUCAUGCUGCCAUGCUUUGACAUGAUGUACGACCAUGUCAAGAAGUUAUUCUCAGAUGAGUUACUGCUGACACAGAUGGAGAAAUCUGCUCUUAUGGAAGCCCUGAUACUGAUCAGCAAUCAGUUUAAUGACUAUAACAAGCAGAAAGCCUUCCUGGAGGAACUUAUGGCACCUGUUACUGCACAGUGGCUGUCAGAAGAGAUGAAAAGUGUGCUGUCAGAUCCUGCCACUUUCUUGGCAUAUGUUGGAGCUGAUCAGGACAGUGACUUACACGCAGAGGAUCAGAUGGGUAUCAACAGGGCACGGAUCAAUUUUUGUUUGUACACCAUGCUGGGAGUGGUGAAGCGUGCUCGUUGGCCUUCUGAUCCUGAAGUGGCAAAAAUGGGCGGCUUUGUGGUAGGGUACACUACUGAAGGGGUCCCUAUCUACAGAAACGCCUGUGCUGAACCCCUGUGUGCCCUGCUGCCAAACCUUCUGGCCCUUAUCAGGAUUCAAAACAGCUUGUUCUUGCCAGAGAACCUUGCCCGGCUCAGUAAAACCUUUAUUAAGGCCUAUGAUAUCAUGGACGUGGAGAAGAAUUUUGUUGUAGGAAUUCAUCAAUCCGUUUUGGAUUCCGGUGAUAUGCCAGUGUAUAAAACCAUUGUUGAACGCAUGCAGGGCUUUUUCUCCUCCCUCUAUGAUAACUGUUACCAUAUUCUUGGAAAUGCAGGUCCCUGCUUGGAAAAAGAGUUUUAUGCAAUGGAGGGUCUGGCAGAACAGAUUGUCGGCUCUGCUUUUAUACAUCUGGACAGCCUUCCAGACCAUCGGCUUCGUCCCCUUGUCCGUGUGUUUAUGAAGCAGUUGGUUAUAUCUUGUCCCGCUGAGUACUAUGACAGCCUCCUCUGUUUAGUGUUGCGCCCUUUGUUUCAUCAUCUACUGCAGAGGCUGAACUGUCGGUGGCAGCUCAUCAACCAACGGACCAGUAAUCUGUGUGAUGAAGACGUGGGUGAUUAUGAGGAGAAUGUGGUGACUCAGGAAAUGGUGGAGGAGCAGAUUUUGCGGUUGGCCACACGAGAGGUCAUGGAGCUUUUAAGUGUGACUUGCAUUUCAAGAAAGUUUCCAGACUCGUUUGGGAGAAAAGAGGAACUUGAUGGACAGGAUGAAAUGAUGUUAAUGGAUUUCUCUCAUGGGAUUCCUAUGAAUGCUGCUCAGCCACCAGAUGAGCUCUCAGAAUUGGGCAAGAGACUUCUUCAAAGUGAGGAGAUUUAUAUGACUCUCCUGACCAUUUGUUUCAACUCCCUAUUAUGGAGGGACACUGUAAACUGCCAAAGGACUGCCGGCAUGCUGUGCUGGACAUUGCUAAGACAGGUUGUUGAUGGUAACCUGCAGCCAGAAGCUGUGAAGUGGCUCUACACCAGUGUACUGAAAGGUCUGCAGAUGCACGGGCAGCAUGAAGGCUGCAAUGCUGCUUUAACUCAGCUGGCGUUGCUCAUCUAUGAGACUCUGAGGCCUCGAUAUGUUGAGCUACGUUUAAUCAUGAAUCAGAUCCCUGACAUCCACAUGGAGGCACUGGAGCAGUUUGACCAGAAGACGAUUCAGCCCAAUGUCUCAAAGGCUGGAGAGAAGAAGAAAAAGGAGCAGUUUAAGAAACUUAUUGCAGGCACUGUGGGGAAACCACUUGGACAACAGUUUAAGAAAGAUGUUCACAUCAGGAACCUUCCAACUCUCUUCAAGAAGCCAAAGCCCACGAAAGAUAUUUUGGAGAACGCUGAUACUGCAGGUCUGAUGGGUCUGUUCUCUCCUGAGCGGGACGACUGCUGAGCGGGCCGUCCCCUUCAAACCCUUCCUAUCUGUAUAUCUGACUUGACCUUUUAAGGCAUGGAUGAAUUAUUACAGACCAAAAGGUCAUUUGUGUAUUCACAAUUACAUGAUUGUGUUAUUUGUUUUCAUUUUGGUGGUGUUUUAGGUACCUUUUGUUAUUGUUAUUUACAGAAAUAAAAUCUUAUAAGAUCACCUCGGUUUUAAACAAAGCCGUUUUAAAGAGUAAUGCGAAGUCUUUGUAAUCGUAACAGCAUCCAGCACUACAUUCCAAUAUGUUUUGAUGGACUUUUUCUGAACAAAUGACAAAUUCAACACUAAUUGACUGUGUACAGAAUAUGUAAAAAGUUUUGAUUUUUAAAAAGUGUUCUGAUUUUUUUAAUAAAUGUAUAUUCACUCAAAUAUA